CUUUAUUAAAACUUGGUGAUUAUUCUAUAAAUUGAGACAAUGUUAUAAUUUAUUUUUUAUUUUUAACCCAAAUACCUAAGUAAAUUGAACAUAACUGAACCGAAUUUUUUUUUUACUAAAACUUGCCAAAAUCACAUUAUUGAUUACAUACAUUAUUAAUUAAAAUGAUACAAGUAUGUACACGUAUACGUUUACUUGCGCCUGCGCAAUAGUCCUCUUAAUCACUAACGAGAUUAAAUAAAUAACGAGAAAAAAAGCUUAAUUAUAAAGGAUACAUAUCAAAUUACCCCCAUCAUAGUCAGAUAAAUAUCUCUUAACUUAUUAGUAUUCUCAAAACUAUCAACAAUGCAGGUAUUAUCUGGCUAAUCCGUCAAUAAAAGCAGAAUGAACCCACUAUAAAAUACCAUUCCAUUUUAGAAAAUAUUCAUUCGAUUUUCAACUGCCGCUUCACCAUUUACCCGCCAAAAUAUAUUUUUUUAUUUUUCUUUUUCAAAAUGGCUGCGAAAGCAACUGUCACGUUGGGUUUAAUAUGUUUUUUUUAUUCACUGCUAGUGACCGAUUGUUCUUUUUUAAAACCAAACAAUGUUCCAAGAGUCGGUAGAAGCAACGAAGCUGAAGGGCCGUUUGUUCAAGACGCGGCUGGGUAUGUUAUCAAAACUAAUAAAAAUAUACCUAGAAUGGGAAGAAGGAACUAUGACUCGGAAAAUCAUUACGAUAUCCCAAAAAUAUAUUCUUUACCGACGGAAGCCUUUGGACAGUACGGAGACGAUACUGCAAUGAGGUAUAAUCAGGAACAGCUAAAUCAAUAUGGCUACCAAUUAGAAAACAUGAAGAAAUAGCAGUAUUACACGGAAAUAUAUGUUAAGCACAAUAUUGUAUUACGACCCCGGCAUUCUUGACUCAAGACUAUUCUACUGAACUGAAUUGCUAGUCACCAAUUUACUUCAACUGCUUAUUAAAUUGCGAUAUUAUAUUUUUAUUUAUUCAUUGA